AUCGUGACGUCAUACACAGCGCCCUUUGUGACACCAGGGCCCUGGUGCUUUAACUAGGGCGUUGGGACCUGUUGCCCCGGCAGACGGCGCUGCAGUUUCAGACUGGAGGGCGGCGGACGGCUGCUCAGCGGCCCAACUCUCUCGCAGCCCUUCUCUCCGCAAGAUGUCAGCCUCCACCUCCUCGCACCGGCCCAUCAAGGGGAUCCUGAAAAACAAAAGCUCCUCGGGUUCCUCGGUGGCGACUUCCGGUCAGCAGUCUGGAGGGAAUAUUCAAGAUGUGAAGAGAAAGAAAUCCCAGAAGUGGGACGAAUCAAGCAUCCUUGCGACACACCGCGCAACGUACAGAGAUUACGAUUUAAUGAAGGCAAAUGAGCCCGGCACUUCCUACAUGAAUUUGCAAGAUGAUGGGGAAGAUUCAGUGCGCGAUGUCGAAGGAGAAGAUUCAGUGCGCGGUGUCGAAGGAAAGGAAGCCAUGGCCGCCACUGAUGCCUCGGACCACAGCUGUGAGGUGGAGGAGGAAGAGAGCAACGAGGCCUACAUGAGAAAACUCCUCCUCCACAAACAGGAGAAAAAGCGGCAGUUCGAAAUAAGAAGAAGGCUUCACUACAACGAAGAAUUGAACAUCAAAUUAGCUAGACAAUUAAUGUGGAACGACCUACAAAGUGAAGACGAUGAAAACGAAGAAAGGCCACAAGCCACGAAUGAAGAAAAGACUGCUGCAGAAGAAUCAGAGGAAGCUCCUCUAAGCGGUGGACUGCAAACCCAAUCAUGCGACCCUUAGAAUUCUGAUACCGGCUUCACCCUUGCAAUUGUUUGUGAAUAUACGACGCUUAGAAGAUAUCUGCUUCACCCUUGCAAUUGUUUGUGAAAUACAAACCUUGUUACUGUAA